CAUCUUCUGACUACAGACUGAGAGUGCGACGAGACCACGGCAUUAACUGGGACGUCUUUGGUCCAAAGGUGUUCUACAAUCAGAGCGUAGAGGGAAGAAAAACUUAACACAAGUCUCGAGAAAAUGAAAAAGUGCAAUCAUCAUAAUGCGUAGUGUAUAUGAGAGAUCGAGAUUGCUGACCGUGCACGUGCAGGAGGCAGUGACGAAUUCUGUUAUGGGUAGACGAGAUGCGAGUGACUACGAGUGUGCCAUCCUGGAAUUGGUGGAAGAACUAUGUAAAAGAUGUUCAAGAAGAUGGACAAUUCGUCUGAACUAGUUUUACAAUUUCUACCUAGGAAAUGAAAAUAUUCUGGAUGUUGAUAGAAAUACUCUUACGAUGACCUCCGUAGUUUUAUUUACAAGGAGCCAGACGUUCCUGCUCGUCCCGUCCGGGUCCUCGCGGUCGUCGUCCUAAGACACUCACACUCUGCCCGAACGACAACUAUGCGUCGCAUUCAUCAUAUAUCACAAUAUAUUGCGGUAACCACCUACUUCAGCUCGCGGGGUGGAUGUCUUUCUCGGCGAGGAUCAAUAGAACGAGGACACUUCAGAACAACAACUUUUAGGUUUUAGUUGAAAACUACUGAGUGAUGAAGUGCGCGCGCUUUCGUUGUUGUAUUCCAUUAUGGGUUCUUCCACUAAACAAGAUUAUGAUGCUACUUAGGUACUUGUACUUCACCCAGAAAUACUUGGAAGAAUCUGAGCUGCCCCUUCAUGUCGCGGAACAGCUAGGUACUAUUAAGUCUAUUUUAAUAGUACUAGGAGGCCAUGUUGCGAAGUAGUAUUUUUGUGAAGGCAUCAAGAUCAACACGGCUCGUGCCGAGUAAGGUACUUAAUCAUUUCUGUCAUCUAGUACUAGAAUGAACAUACAUGAUUAUGGAUGAAAGCUAGAAAUGACCCACCAGGAGCAUUCUUUCUUCAGAAUCUUUUUUUUUGAUUUGAAGAGGAUGAUCUAUCAUGAAAAAAUGAUCUCCGUGCGUCUGUGUUAUCAAAGUUCGUGUAUUCGUGCAGUGCCAUUCGAUGUGUUAUGUUGCAGUUUCUAGCACCAUCUCCAAAG